AUUCCCAACCUUUUGGCAUCCGGUGCUCCCCCAAUCCCCAUAGACCCCUGAAGAAAAGGGGUAGAAAGAAAGAGCCUAACAAUUUUCCAUGGUCUUUCAACCUUCAAUGAGAGUACGUUGCACGCUCACACGAUUUUCCUCUUCUUAGAAGUUAGAACACCAAUCCACCGCGUAAUCAAACAAACCCUUCACUCACGUUAACCCCAAAAUCCUUACUAUCAAACCCCGUUUUCAACUCACCGAAUCUUAUAUAAAGAAUCAAAUUCUUAAAGAUCUGCCAAUGAGAAUUCCCCUCUUUAUUCCUUCGAUUCGUUAACCAACUUUCUUGAAUUGCAUUAUAAGGUCAUUAUUUCCAGAUUCUAAUAUGAGUAGCAAUGAACAAACUUCUGGUGCUAGUCACAACGCCAGGGCUUUAAUAUCCAACGCUGCUGCUGGUGCUUCUGCUGGGGCCAUAGCAGCUACGUUUGUGUGUCCGUUGGAUGUGAUCAAAACAAGGUUACAAGUCCAUGGUCUUCCUCCUUCACAUCAAGGUAGUGUAAUCAUCAUGAGCCUGAAGAAUAUAGUAAGAAAUGAAGGUGUUAGGGGAAUGUACCGUGGGCUUUCGCCAACAAUACUGGCUUUACUACCAAACUGGGCAGUUUACUUCACAGUUUAUGAGCAACUAAAGGGACUGCUUCGUUCACAGGAUGGUAGCAAUGAACUCACAACUAUUAGAAACAUUAUAGCUGCUGCUGGUGCUGGGGCAGCAACAGCGAUUUCUACAAACCCAUUGUGGGUUGUUAAGACAAGACUCCAAACACAAGGAAUGAGGCCGAAUGUUGUUCCUUACAAAAGUGUUCUGUCUGCUUUGACAAGGAUUACCCGUGAAGAAGGCUUGCGAGGACUAUAUAGUGGCAUUAUGCCUUCAUUGGCUGGUGUAAGUCAUGUUGCAAUUCAAUUCCCAGCAUAUGAAAGUAUCAAGUCAUACAUGGCAAAAAAAGAUAAUACAACUGUUGACAAGCUUAGUCCUGGAAGUGUUGCCAUUGCAUCAUCAAUUUCAAAAGUACUUGCCUCCGUAAUGACUUAUCCGCAUGAGGUGAUACGAUCAAGGCUGCAAGAGCAAGGCCAGGCCAAAAACAUGGGGGUCCAUUACGAAGGGGUUAUAGAUUGUACUAAGAAGGUUUUCCAUAAAGAAGGCAUUCCGGGUUUUUAUCGCGGUUGCGCAACCAAUCUGUUACGAACAACUCCAUCUGCUGUUAUUACCUUCACCAGUUACGAGAUGAUACAUCGGUUCUUGUUGCGGGUUAUACCGGAGAACAAGGGUUAUCCGCAAAGCUGUCCGAAACCCAAGGCACUUAACAAGCCCCAGGAAGAAGGAAGUAACAUCAUUAAGAAUGACUCCUCUGAUAUGGGGCCAUCACCAUCUCAGUCUAACAAGACAGGCUCAUCAAUUCCUUUGGGAAACAAAUAGCAGCUAACACGACACUGAUUAGGCAUUUUUUAUGUUUAUUAGUUUUUUUUUUCUUAUAUUUCUCACAUUUAAUUUAUAACUUUGUGGCUCUGAAAUUCUUUGCUGCAUGCUAGACCUUGGCUUUAACAGAAUUGUUAAUUAUGUUAAUAAAAGUUGCAAAAAAUGAGAAAGAAUAAGGCAUGUUCUUGAGAAAGAGGGGAGUGGCGGGAUUUUAAUUUGGACUUGAACCUGUGAACAAGGCCAUGCUGUUAAGUAGGACUAAAGUUUCAAAAUGAUACUUGAGAUUGAGUCUGUAUUUCAA